CUGGGAUAGGCUCCAGCAGCCCUUACUCUGAAAGAGAGACAGCAUGUUCAGAAAACUGAUGGAAAAAAGUGAUAAAAAUUAGCAUGAUUUAAAAUACACGUGACUUCACAUAAAAAUUGUUAUAACAGUUUAACAGAAGAGUUGCAAGAUUUUUACAUUGUUUAAAUCACUGAUAUUUUUUACACACCUAUUUUAUGCAAACAUGUCUUAUUUCUCAACAGACACAGAUACUAUGAUUUGCUCCUUUCACCCUGUUGAGCUACAAAUGUUUUUUUUAACGUGUUCGUCUGACAUUUAAAAGAUAAAGACUUCCGGUUUUCCUUUUAAACUUUUUCCGGACGUUGUCUCCCCCGUGUGGUGCUUAAAGGAACUACAACAUGUCGAUGUCAACAUCUGUUCAUUCAUUUUUGUUUGUCGCAAAACAAGAAGCAACAAAAAGUGGCAGAUUAUAAAGCUUGUUAUUAUUGUUGUUAUAAUUAGGGUUUUCAUAAUGCAUUAAUGUGGAUGAAGAAGUGAUUCAAACAGGAUGUUUAUCCUCCCAGCGUCUCCUGAGAAGCGUGGACGCCGAAAGUUAGACCUCGUUUUUUUUCGUUCGUUUUGAGAACUUUUUGGUUUAAAUGAUCGGUGUACGUGAUAAAUGUAUCCAUUUAAUGAUUUGUGAAACAUUUAACUCGUCUUGGUGGUUGUUUCUUGUCUGCUGCGUAGUUUAAAGUCACUGGUUGGAAGCAACGCCACCUUUAACUCGUUUCAGUUGGAAAAAACAUAUGACGGCGAGUUUAACAGGAAAAGCCCCUUGGGGAGGAUUGACGUUUGCCUCAGCCAAUAGGAUUUCAGAUUUCCCUCCGUGAGCCCGCCUUGGCCGAACAUUGACCAAUCAGUACUCAGUAUGAGAACUUCCUUCACAAAGACGGAGCAUGUUCCAUUGUACGAGCAGUUCUGAAAGAAUAUCGCUUUUGUGAAGGUGUCGGCAGAAAAUAGGCGAAUUUGUUUUUAUUUUGCGUUGUGUUUCGGGAACUAUUGUCACUUCUUAGCGGGACUCGGGGGGAUGAUGGGAAAGUGAGUGCUGGUCCGUGCAGCAAACUAACUACGGCGAUCUCACCGAAGGAAUUCCAGCAUCUGCGGCGGAUCAUCCACCUUGCUCCCCGGCGAGCACGAAGGCCGGCCCGCACGAAAGGCACCCGGCGUCGGCGUCAACCUGUAGGGAAUACAAAAAUGGCUUCAAUCGAGAGAAAUCGUCAGCAUUAAUCGGAGGACGAAGACUGUUAUCUCGCCAAAUAGCCACCUAGCUAGGUUAGCUAGCUAAGCUAACGUUGCCGGGACGACUUCCACAAAAGCGCUGCGCGUGAACGAGGCAGCCGGCCGCCGUCUGCGAGUUUGUAAUUCCCCGCUCGGCCUGAGAAAGUCGGUGACAGCCGCCCGCCCGCCAUGAACGGCUUCAGCACGGAGGAGGACAGCCACGACGGACCACCUGCUCCGCCGUUCUACGGGCAGAGCUGCUGCCUGAUCGAGGACGGGGAGCGCUGCGGCCGCUCGGCUGGAAACGCCUCCUUCAGCAAGAGGAUCCAGAAGAGCAUUUCUCAGAAGAAGCUCAAGCUGGACAUCGACAAAAGCGUGAGACAUCUCUACAUUUGUGAUUUCCACAAGAAUUUCAUCCAGAGCGUCCGCAACAAGAGAAAGAGAAAGACCAGUGACGACGGAGGCGAAUCUCCAGAUCACGACGUGGAGGUUCCUGAGGUGGAUCUGUUCCAGCUGCAGGUAAACACGCUCCGGCGGUACAAGCGGCACUACAAGCUGCAGACCAGGCCGGGUCUGAACAAGGCCCAGCUGGCAGAGACGGUGAGUCGUCACUUCAGGAAUAUUCCGGUGAACGAGAAGGAGACGCUGACCUACUUUAUUUACAUGGUGAAGAGCAGCAAGAGCCGCCUGGACCAGAAAGGAGAAGGAGGCAAACCGCUGGACUAAAGUUUCCCCUCCGCCCCCCCGGCGCCAAAACCCGAACGGCGACACCAAACACGACCCGGACAGCAGCAGAAACCCAAAGCAGCUCCGCCCCCGUCCCUCUUCCUCCUCCUCCUCCUCACCCAACGUUAGCGGAGGAGAAGCAGAGGCCCGACCCGGUCCAGAAGAACUGCUGAGGAACCGGGCCGUCACAGAACCGCUUCUACAUGUUUGAAUGCAACGUACAAUAGAGCUGCCUUAAGACUGAAGACAUUGUGUCCUUUUGUGGUGGUGGGGGGGUCCGAGCUGACUGUGGGGGGGUCCAUGCCAAACAGGAAGUUCUGUUUCUUCUUUUUAUUCCAAAAUAUUUCUGACCGACUCCUUCCCACGCCGUCAGUGUCAGAAAAGGUCGGAGUGGCUUCUUCCAGAGCGGCGCGAUGCGUUCAAGGACGGUGGGAACGAUGUAGCACGAGGCCGGGACCCUCCGUCGUCGUCUGGAUCCUUGGUUCUGACCGUAGAGGCUGUGGCUGCUGACUUUAUCUCCUUACAGAUUAAACACAUUCGUCUUUCUGCAGAUUUGUCUUUGAUUUUAAAAUCUCACAGGAAGUGACGGCUGGAGAGAGCCAGCAUCUUUCAGGAUCGGGGGGUUCUGCAUUCAUAUUUCAUCCCGUUUGGGAAAAGUGCAGACAGGAAUCUCCCAAAAGGAUUUUUGCUUUUCCCUUUUUUCCUCUGAACCAUCUGCAGCUGAGACGCUCUGCCGUGUUUACGGCUUCACGCCUCGACCGUCCAACUUUAAGCAAACACUCCAGGGUUUAUUUACACUCGGACUUUUAUUUUGAAACCAUCCCUCCUCCAGCCGUCUCUCUGCCGGUGACGUCAUGAAUUUAGGAUUUGUGUUUCAGAGUCUUUUUGCUUGUAGGUUUGUUAGUAUCAUGUAGGUAACCGCGUAGGUCAUGCCUCAUUAACCCCCUGUUGUAUUAGAGAAUCCAGUAUGAAAGUGACGCUCUAAAGAUGAUUAAUAAAUGGAUUGUACAGCUGGAA